CACAUGAGAGAUCACCACCACCACCACAUUACCACCACCUCACCAGAAAUUCACGGAGAGAGUUUACACACAACACUUUGGGGUUUUCUGUCCAUUCAUUCUUUGCUCUACGAGUGUUUCUCUAUCUCUCUCUCCCUCUCCAUUCUUUUCAUUUCUUGGUUUUGGGUUUUGUUAAGAUUUUCAUAAUAAUUAGGUAACCUGAGGAAGGGAAAAAUGUUUAUUGAGAGCUUUAAGGUAGAAAGCCCUAAUGUGAAGUACACAGAGAGUGAGAUUCACUCUGUGUACAACUAUGAGACCACAGAGCUUGUUCAUGAGAACAAGAAUGGCACCUAUCAAUGGACUGUCAAGCCCAAAUCUGUCAAAUACGAGUUCAAAACUGAUACCCAUGUCCCCAAACUAGGGGUUAUGCUUGUUGGUUGGGGUGGAAACAAUGGUUCAACCUUGACUGGUGGUGUUAUUGCUAAUCGGGAAGGAAUAUCAUGGGCAACCAAAGAUAAGGUGCAACAAGCCAACUAUUUUGGGUCACUCACCCAGGCAUCCACAAUCCGAGUUGGGUCUUUCAAUGGAGAGGAGAUUUAUGCCCCAUUCAAGAGCUUACUACCCAUGGUGAACCCAGAUGACGUAGUGUUUGGGGGUUGGGACAUAAGUGACAUGAACUUGGCAGAUGCCAUGGCUAGGGCUAAGGUUUUCGACAUUGAUCUGCAGAAGCAGCUCAGGCCCUACAUGGAAUCCAUGGUCCCACUCCCUGGAAUUUUUGACCCUGAUUUCAUUGCUGCCAAUCAAGGGUCACGUGCUAACAACGUGAUCAAAGGAACUAAGAAAGACCAAGUUCAACAAAUCAUCAAAGAUAUGAGGGAGUUUAAGGAGAAAAACAAGGUAGAUAAGGUGGUGGUGCUGUGGACAGCUAACACAGAGAGAUACAGUAAUGUAAUAGUUGGGCUAAAUGACACAAUGGAGAGCCUCUUGGCUUCUGUGGAUAAGAAUGAAUCUGAGAUUUCUCCUUCCACCUUGUAUGCCAUUGCUUGUGUCCUUGAAAACAUUCCCUUCAUUAAUGGCAGCCCACAGAACACUUUUGUCCCAGGACUGAUUGAUUUGGCCAUUAGGGGGAACAGUUUGAUUGGUGGAGAUGACUUCAAGAGUGGUCAGACCAAAAUGAAGUCUGUGUUGGUUGAUUUUCUUGUUGGGGCUGGUAUCAAGCCAACAUCAAUUGUGAGUUACAAUCAUUUGGGAAACAAUGAUGGCAUGAAUCUGUCUGCCCCUCAAACCUUCAGAUCCAAAGAGAUCUCCAAAAGCAACGUUGUGGACGACAUGGUCUCCAGCAAUGCCAUCCUUUAUGAACCCGGCGAGCAUCCUGACCAUGUUGUUGUCAUCAAGUAUGUUCCAUAUGUGGGAGAUAGCAAGAGGGCAAUGGAUGAAUACACAUCAGAGAUAUUCAUGGGUGGGAAGAGCACCAUAGUGCUUCACAACACUUGUGAGGACUCCUUGUUGGCCGCUCCAAUCAUCUUGGACUUGGUACUUCUUGCCGAGCUUAGCACUCGCAUUCAACUCAAAGCUGAAGGAGAGGGCAAAUUUCACUCAUUCCACCCUGUGGCUACCAUCCUCAGCUACCUCACCAAGGCUCCUCUUGUACCUCCAGGCACACCGGUGGUGAAUGCACUGUCAAAGCAGAGGGCAAUGCUGGAGAACAUACUGAGGGCUUGUGUUGGUUUGGCCCCGGAGAACAACAUGAUUUUGGAAUACAAGUAGGAAGAGAUUUAUGGAGGGAUUAGUUCAUAUAUAAACAACUUGCAAAUAACCCUUUUCUGUGUCCUUUGUUUAGUAUGGAAAACUAUAUAUAUAUAUGUAUAUGUAUUAAUGUUUUUGAGACUUGUAAUGUUUUAUGGGAUUAGUGUUGUGUAAUGGUAUGCUUGUAUUUUGGGUGGUGAUUACAUGUGUAAUCUGUUUGCUCUUCUAGCUCAGUUUAGAGCAAGCACACCUUUUCUAUUGAAUAUAUAUUACAUUUAUGUUC